AUGACGCAGAACAAGGCACUCAUCUACAAAAAGACCCCGACCACUUCCCUUGUUGCAGGGGAGCACUUGGUCGUUGAGGACAGCCCGAUCGACCUGAAUGAGGGCCCUCCUGAGGGCGGGCUCGUCGCUGAGGUCCUAUACGCCUCAUUCGAUCCGUACCUGCGCGGCAGGAUGCGCGAUCCGAGCGUCAAACACUACGCCCCUGCAUUCGAGUUGAACAAGCCCGUCCCCGAGUCCACUAUCUCCAGGGUUCUGAAGAGCGAUCAUGCGGAGUUCGAGGAAGGCAGCAUUAUUUAUGCCAACUUCCCUAUUGCGGAGUAUGUCCGUGCAACCAAGGACUUGCUAGUGAAUGCCCGCAAAAUCAACAAUCCGCACAAUCUGGACCUUGCCCUGUUUCUCGGACCGCUUGGGAUGCCUGGCCUAACAGCGUGGUCAGCUCUUUAUCGCAUCGGCCAGCCGCAGAAGGGGGAGACGAUCUUCGUGAGCUCGGCGGCCGGUGCCGUUGGCCAAGUUGUUGGCCAGAUUGCGAAGAGGGAAGGGCUGACAGUGAUUGGUUCUGUUGGCUCCGAUGAGAAGCUGGAGUUCAUUACCAAGGAGCUCGGGUUUGACUCCGGAUUCAAUUACAAGAAGGAGAACCCAAUAGAUGCCCUGGCCCGCCUGGCACCGAACGGAAUUGACAUAUAUUUUGAAAAUGUCGGCGGUGACCAUCUAGAAGCUGCUCUCGCUCAUCUCAACACAGAGGGAAGAAUACCCAUGUGUGGCAUGAUCGGUGAUUAUAACAAGCCAGUUGAGGAGCGAGUUGGGAUCAAGGGAUUGAGAAAUGUCAUCUCCAAGCAGCUCAUCUUGCAAGGAUUCCUGGUAUUCAACCCAAAAUUUGGACCAGCCUACUUCAAGGAGCAUCAGGAAAAGUUCCAGAAGUGGCUGGCCGAAGGUAGUGUCAAGGCCAAACUUCACAUUACCGACGGAAUUGAUCGCGCACCGGAAGGUCUGGUUGGGAUCUUCAAGGGAGAGAACUUCGGUAAGGCUGUUCUCAAGAUCAAAUCAUAG